AUGAGCGAUGAACAUAGUACUCCAGUGGAAACAAAAGAAAAAUCAAAUGCUGAUGAGCCAUCCACAACAAAAAUCAUCGCAUCUGUUCAGACCAUUGCUGUAGAGACUGGAACAAGAAGUUCAGACACCGUCGAUGUGCUGGCCCGUGAGGCAGAAGAUCUCCGAAGAAAGCUGGAAGCGGAACGAAGAAAACUGAACGAUGUGUCGAUUGAGCAAGCAGCUGAAAGUCUCGAACCACUAACACAGCUAAAUAUUAAACAACGUCGUAUAUUGAAAGGACAUGCUGGGAAAGUGCUCUGCAUGGAUUGGUCCUUAGAUAAACGACAUAUUGUUUCUUCUUCACAGGAUGGGAAAGUAAUCGUUUGGGAUGGUUUUACAACGAAUAAGGAACAUGCUUUAACUAUGCCAACAACAUGGGUGAUGGCUUGUGCUUACUCCCCUAGUGCGCAAAUGAUUGCUUGCGGUGGUUUGGAUAAUAAAUGUUCAGUGGUACCGCUGAGCUUUGAAGAUGAUAUCCUACAAAAAAAACGAUCGGUUGCAACACACACAAGCUAUAUGUCAUGCUGUACUUUCCUAAGAUCUGACAAUUUGCUUCUGACUGGUAGCGGUGAUUCAACAUGUGCAAUAUGGGAUGUGGAGAGUGGUCAGAUGAUUCAAAAUUUUCAUGGCCACAUUGGUGAUAUUUUUGCAAUUGAUGUGCCUAAAAGCGACACUGGCAAUAUUUUUAUUUCCGGGGGAGCAGAUAAGCAUGCAUUAGUUUGGGAUAUAAGAACUGGACAGUGUGUACAGAGUUUCGAAGGACAUGAAGCAGACAUCAAUACAGUUAGAUUUCAUCCAAAUAAUGAUGCUUUUGCUACCGGUUCGGAUGAUGCUUCAUGCCGAUUGUUUGAUUUACGCGCUGAUCGACAAGUGUGUGUUUAUGAAAAAGAAUCCGUCUUGUUUCCAGUGAACGGUGUCGACUUUAGUUUAAGCGGCCGUAUACUUUUUGCCGGUUAUGGUGAUUAUCGUGUUGGUGUAUGGGAUUCACUAAAAUGUGUGCGUCAUUCAGUCCUAUACGGUCAUGAAAAUAGGAUUUCAUGUCUAAGAACAAGUCCAGACGGGACUGCAAUAUGUACUGCCAGCUGGGACUGUACCAUUCGUAUAUGGGCAUGA